UACCAAAAACAACAUAAGUGUAAUGUGUCUCCAUUUCAUUACUGAGUGAAUAACAAUUUCUCAGGGUAUAUGGUCAUAUAAUUCUUCAGUAAACGAAGAAAAGGAAGAAGCUGUUUGCGGCAUAGUUGGUGGCGGUACCUAAACAAUCGGUCCUUGCUGUACAAGACUCGUGUUAAUAAGAUGCUAUUCUAUUCGUUCUUCAAAUCCCUCGUGGGAAAGGAUGUUAUCGUCGAGUUGAAAAAUGAUCUAAGCAUCUGCGGCACACUGCAUUCGGUCGACCAGUAUCUCAAUAUCAAAUUAACCGACAUCAGCGUGACCGACCCGGAGAAGUACCCUCAUAUGCUAUCGGUCAAGAAUUGCUUCAUUCGAGGGUCGGUCGUGAGAUACGUGCAGCUUCCGGGCGAUGAGGUGGACACGCAGUUGCUACAAGAUGCUGCUCGGAAAGAGGCGGUAACCAGUGUGCGAUAA